AUGGCUUCAGCAUUGGCAUCCAACCCGUACUCAUCGGGCCAGAGUAUCAACAACUAUGUUCCGCAACAGCGAUUGCCGCAGCCGCCUCCAUCGCCACCAGUGGAAGAGAGCAGCAACAGGUGCUCGCUGCCGUCGAUAUCAAGUUUACUUUGCGACAUUGCUGGUCGGGCUGUUGCCCAAGAUGGUCAUGCUCAAGAAAAGCAAUGGCAUGCACCAAUGACGAUGGAACCUGCGGUAGAUGCCAGUCGGCCGACAUCUCUCCCUUCAGCGGCAUGUGGCCCUUCAAUGCUGGCCAGUCAUUCUAGAGUAAUUCUCCCGCCUACACCCCCUUUGCGGCCGGGAUCCGGUUUUGACGCUCCAAAGUCUCCCUCACGCCAUUCGUCGGCCUCGUCAAUCUCCGAGCCACCAUAUCAUCUCUCUCAAGGGAUCAACAAUGUUGACCCGACUUCACAACACCAAUUGGCGAUUGUAGUGCCCCCACAAUCGCAACAUUCCAUCUCGUCUCAUCCUGAAUCCGUCUCGCCCUACAGUGACUCCGCAUACGGAUCGUCUUACAGCGCAUCCCCGGGACAUAUAUCCACUCCUACGUCCUACUUCUCUGAUCUUCAUCACCCGAGCUCCGCACCGACGUCUUCUGGCAUGUACUACCAGCGCCCGCUUCCAUCUUCAUAUUUGCCGCCUAUAGCGAUCCCACUUACGCCUGGGGCAGCAGCAAACAGCGCAAACCCGUGGCAACACCACCAUUACAUCUCCCCUUCUUCCCAAGCCGCCUUUCCCCAGUCGCAAGAUCGAUAUAUUUGCCCGACGUGCAACAAGGCUUUCUCACGCCCGAGUUCUCUCCGCAUUCACAGCCACAGUCACACCGGUGAGAAACCAUUUCGAUGUCCACACAAGGGCUGUGGCAAGGCUUUUAGUGUGAGGAGCAACAUGAAGAGACACGAGCGCGGCUGCCAUUCUGAUGAGCAUCACGUCAUGGCAAUGUAG